AUGACAAAGUUCAGGGAUGGCAUGUGGCUUCCCAUAGAGGGGAAGAGGACGGAAUAUGCAGAGGAUGUAUAUGCCAUCACAAAGCGGGAGGAUGGUCGAGCCCUAUCAUUACUGUGUCCGACAAAGCACGUUCGCUCGCGGGGUGAUACUCUAAACCUGCCUACUGUGACACUUGAUAUUGAAGCCGUUUUUGAUGGCGUGAUUUCUGUUGAAGUCACUCACUGGUCUGGAGCUGCGAAGAAAGGGCCUGAUUUCGAUCUUUUCCCCUCAGGAAAGCCUCAGGACAAUGCUAGUAUUUCCGCGUCAGACAAAGGCACGACGAUUGCGUCAGGAUCUCUCAGCGCCACGAUUCAUCCUGACCAACAUACGUUCGAUAUCCGCUUCCAUGCAACAGACGGAUCCAAGACUCUAACUUCAUUACUAAACCGCAGCGUGGGUUUUGCCUAUGGUCCAGCGCCCAGCACCCCUCUUCAGCUUGAUGAUAUGAGAAACUUUGAUCACUACAUAUUCACGCAGACAACGCUCAGCGUGGGUGAAACUGUACACGGACUUGGUGAACGUUUUGGCGCAUUCAACAAAGUCGGUCAGAGUAUAUCUCUAUGGAAUUCGGAUGGCGGUACAAGUUCUGAACAGGCCUACAAGAACGUAUCGUUUUGGCUUAGUAGCCGGGGAUAUGGCGUCUUCAUCGAUACCCCAGACAAAGUUGAUCUGGAAGUUGGAAGUGAACGAUCAAGCCGUGUACAAACCAGCGUGAAAGGUCAGCGUCUCAAAUGGUACUUGAUUUACGGUCCCUCGCCAAAGGAGGUUCUCUAUAAAUACACCACUAUGACUGGCAGAGCGGGAGGAGUUCCGGCUUGGAGCUUCGGUCUCUGGCUUUCUACAUCAUUCACAACUAGUUACGAUGAGAAAACCGUCAGCUCAUUUCUCGAGGGCAUGGCAGCUCGUGAUAUUCCGGUCGAGGUGUUUCACUACGAUUGCUUCUGGCUCAAAGCAUUCCACUGGUGCGAUUUUGUUUUUGAUACGGAAAUGUUUCCAGAGCCUGCAAACAUGAUAAGCCGCCUCAAGGCCAGCGGCCUGGUCAAUAAGGUAUGCGUCUGGACGAAUCCAUAUCUCGGCCAGGCUUCGCCCGUUUUCAAGAUGGCAGCAGAGAAAGGCUAUCUAUUAAAGAGAAAGAACGGUGAUAUCUGGCAGACGGAUCUGUGGCAAGCGGGAAUGGGAAUUGUGGAUUUUACGAACCCUGAAGCUACAAAGUGGUUUGUUGGCUGCUUGGAAGCGCUCUUCGAUACCGGUGUCUCUGCCAUUAAGACAGACUUUGGCGAAAGAAUCCCGGUCAAUGAUGAUAUACAGUGGCAUGAUCCAAACGUGGACCCGUCAAGGAUGCAUAAUUACUACUCCUUCAUCUACAACAAGGUGGUGUAUGAAGCUCUACAGAAGCGCCAUGGCAAAUCUGAGGCCGUUGUCUUUGCAAGAGCAUCGACGGCAGGCUGCCAAAGAUUUCCUCUACAAUGGGGAGGAGAUUGCGAGUCGACUCCUGAAGCAAUGGCCGAGUCACUUCGCGGCGGCCUGUCUCUUGGUCUCUGUGGAUUUUCCUUUUGGAGCGUGGAUAUUGGAGGCUUUGAGGGCUACCCAUCGCCGUGGAUAUACAAACGAUGGGUUGCAUUUGGCUUAUUAACAUCACAUAGCCGCCUUCAUGGCAGUAACAGUUAUCGUGCUCCCUGGACGAUUGACAACGAUGACCCGGGAGAACAGAGCUGUUCGAAGACGUUGGCAAGAUGGACUGCUUUAAAGGCCCGCCUCAUGCCUUAUUUGUAUGCUCAAGCGGCAGAAUCUAUUGCAGGAGGCCUUCCGCUAAGUGUUCGCGCUAUGUGCUUAGAGUUUCCGGAAGACCCGACAUCAUGGUAUCUCGACCGCCAAUUCAUGCUUGGGUCCAAAUUACUGGUGGCUCCAGUUUUUGAAGAGACUGGAGAAGUCGAGUUCUACUUGCCCGAAGGUCGAUGGACGAAUUUCUUCACUGAGGAAGUAAAGUCCGGACCCAGGUGGGUGAAAGAGAAGCACGACUUUGACACACUUCCACUCUAUGUCCGCGAGAACACUAUUUUGGUCCUGGGCAAAGAAGGCGAACGGCGGACGGUAUACAACUAUGUUGAGGACGUUGAAGUUCGUUCGUAUCAGGCCAGCACUGGAGAGCGAGAAGAAGAGACGAGUGAUAGUUGA